UUUUCGAAACAGUUACAAAAAGAUCUGGAAGAGGUUAAAGAAUUGCUUACGAAAGCCACGAGGAAGCGACUUCAUGAUGUCCUGAUGACUGAGAAACACAAGUUAGAGCUAGAAAUCAAGAAUCAGCCUCCACCAAAGCCAAAAGAUGUGGCAGAGGAAGACAAGUCGUUGCUGGGAGGGUACACAGUGAAAAUAAACAAUUAUGGUUGGGAUCAGUCAGAUAAGUUUAUUAAGAUUUACAUCUCUUUAAAUGGAGUCCAGAAGCUUACAGCUGAGAAUGUGCAGGUGAAUUUCACAGAGAGGUCAUUCGAUGUGCUAGUGAAGAAUCUGAAUGGGAAGAACUACACCAUGACCUUCAACAACCUGCUGAAACCCAUCUCUGUGGAAGGCAGCUCUAGAAAGAUAAAGACAGACACGGUUCUUGUGAUGUGUAGGAAGAAGAGGGAGGAAAAAUGGGAAUGUCUCACUCAAGUGGAAAAAGAAAGCAAAGAGAAAGAGAAGGCUGCCUAUGACACCUCAGAUCCUAGUGAAGGGCUUAUGAACCUUUUAAAAAAGAUGUAUGCAGAAGGGGAUGAUGAAAUGAAACGCACCAUCAACAAAGCCUGGGUUGAAAGCAGAGAAAAGCAAUCCAAAGGGGACAUACCAAUGGAUAUUUGAAAGUACUCUAAGGGCCGCCUUAACAUUGAUCUUCCAUGUGAGACAUGCUGUGCUGCAAAGAUCAUUGCUUACACAACCUUCUUCCAAGCAAAGACAGUCAUUUUCCAUUUUGGGUUGAAGAAAAUAUUUAAAUAAAAGAGCUUAUAAAGCA